CCGAUCAUAAGUUAGUAUUACCUGUGCCACAGAUGGUCUGUAAACACCACGGUGAGAAAUGUAAUGAAGCUAUUGUUGCAUAUUGUUUAUUUGACGCUUUUUCAGUAGUUCAGACAAGAGUCGGGUAUGAAGCUAUAUUAGUGGUCUGGUGCACUGUGACAUUAGGUAGUCUCCUGAAUCUGUGUGGAUUUUGUUAUUCUGAAACGUUGAUAGUUACGUUCCAACUAAGUUAAUAUUCGAUAUUGUGCAACAUCUGUAUUUGCGAUUCUACAAUCGACUAGUUGAAUGAAUUUCUAACAUCACGCCAGUGUUACGAGAGUGUGAUGGAGGGUUAGGUUGUUGCUGAUAAUUUCAACAGUUGCAGUUGCUUAAAUUCAAGUGUUUUGACAUUUAAAUUUUCUUAAAGUUUCAUGUAAAAUAAUAAUAUUAAUUUGAUUCCGUCAUGGUUGGUUAUGAAGAUCCAACGUUUUUUAUUAAAGGUGGAGAUGUGAGUUUUACUGAUAGACAGAAAAACAUUUUUGACAAAUUGACAGUGGCUGAGAAGGAAAGGAAUGAACGACAACAAGAAUUAGAUCACCGUAGUCACAGUAAUAUUGUCUGUGCUGGGAACAGUGUACCAUCCCGCAAAAGAUGUAGAUCGGCAAUGAAACAGUUCAGAGGUAAAGAGAGCAUUUUCAAAAGGCCAGAUGUACCUCCUCCACGUUUUAAGAACAAAAGCGUUCCAGACUACCACAGAAAUCCACAUAAAUGGAUUAAAUAUAGCUUAGGGGAUGUGUCUCAGGAGGACAUGUCUGAACAGAGCAAUACAGCAGCAGCAUUAUCCUUUCUUAAAGAAAUGCAGGCACGUAAGAGCCAAGAAAAAAUGGAAGUUGAUGAUUGUCAAAUAACAUUCAAGCAACCGAAAAACAAAGCCAUACUUCUUUCACAAUAUGGUACAUCUAUUGGCAUGAAAAGUGUAGAUAGCAGAGCCAAUGAAAUUGAAAAACCAUCUUUUCGAAGCUCAAAACUUAUAAUGCCAGAGUAUGUCGUUGGCAUGACAAAGAAGAAGGACACAAGGAAACAUGAAAAACCUGAUCAUUUACCUCAGAAUGAGAACAUCUCAUCAAAAAUAAAACUACAACAUUUGAUGGAAGAAGAUGAGGGCGAGUAGAUCACAGGUGUCAUGGAGGAGCACAGAUAUGUAAUUUUUAUUAAGAAGAAUUGUACUGCUGCAAAAGGAAAGCUUCUGUACACAAAAUGGUGUGUUCAUAAUGUGUAUUUCAGUUACAUUCACAUGUAAUCAUGUAUGUAUAAUACUAGUUUGCUCUUUUGUUCAGUAAGUUAAAUAAACAACUUAAAAAUUUUAA